AAGAUUUAAAUCUGCUGGUAGAUAAAUGGGAGGAGGAUGCUGCAAGCGAGUCAUUGUAUCGUUAUCGGAGCGGAGGAAAAUCUGUAGCCGAGGAGAGAGAAAAUGUUAGAUCGGAUGCUAGGGCUUCUCAGGAUCCGCGUGGUGAGAGGCGUGAACCUCGCCGUCCGAGAUGUUCGAAGCAGCGAUCCUUACGUUGUUCUCCGAUUGGGAAAGCAGAAAUUAAAGACACGAGUUAUAAAGAAGACCGUGAACCCGGAAUGGGAUGAAGAGUUAACCUUUUCUGUUGAAGAUCCUUCUUUCCCAGUCAAACUGGAAGUGUAUGACAAAGAUACAUUCAGUUCUGACGAUCCAAUGGGCGAUGCGGAAUUCGACAUUCGACCAUUUUUCGAGUCUGCGAAGAUGGAUCUAAAAGGUGUUCCUGAUGGCACAGUGUUGAGAAAGCAGGCGUCCAACAGGGAGAAUUGCCUUGCUGAGGAGAGCUCUAUCUAUUUGUUGAAUGGGAAGGUUGUUCAGGACAUUGUUCUCAGGCUCAGAAAUGUUGAAUGUGGUGAAAUUGAGCUGCGGUUGCAGUGGGUUGAUAUUCCAGGCGCCAACAGUUUUCAGGCUAAUUAGAUUAUUGCUGCCUAAAUUAUCAACAGGUGAUGGUUGUUAUCUCCACAUUAGUAUUAAUUAGUUCAUGCUUGUAAAUAGCAGAAAGUUAUUACUGGAGUGCAGAUUGUUUGCUUAGUUUGUAGAUAGUUUGAUGGGAUUAUCUUUUUAUGUAUUUCAGUGUUGCUGUUGGGUUUGGAACUUUAUUUUUAAUUAAGGAAAUGUUUUCUAUUAUGUAUUA